GACAGCCACUGCUGCCAACCGAGGUAGUUUCUAACCUCGAUAUUAAACUAAUUUGAUUUUCGGUUUUUAGUUCAUUUCCUUACUUAACAGUGAAAAUGUUCAAGAAGUUCGACGAGAAAGAGAAUAUUUCUGGUGUGCUGCAGCUCAAGUCCUCUGUACAGAAGGGUAUCCGUAGCAAACUGCUGGACUGCUACCCUCACCUGGAGAACUACCUUGAUCUUAUUUUACCUAAGAAAGAUAACUUGAGAAUAAUCAAAUGCCACGACCAUAUUGAAAUCAUAGUCAACACCAAUGGGGAUUUGCUGUUCUUCAGGCAUAGGGAGGGCCAAUGGAUGCCAACGCUCAGAUUACUUCAUAAAUACCCAUUCUUUUUACCUAUGCAACAAGUUGAUAAAGGUGCUAUUAGAUUUGUCUUGAGUGGGGCCAACAUUAUGUGCCCAGGUUUGACUUCACCUGGUGCUAAAAUGACUGAUGUUCCUAAAGGGACUAUUGUUGCUAUUAUGGCUGAAGGCAAGGAUCAUGCUUUAGCUAUUGGAAUUACCACAUUAUCAACUGAUGAUAUUGCUAAAGUGAAUAAGGGAAUUGGUGUUGAGAAUUGCCAUUAUUUGAACGACGGACUCUGGCAGAUGAAACCCGUCAAGUGAUCGUAUCCAUGAAUAUAUUUUGUACCAAUGGACAUUAAAGCGAUUUCUUUUUGUACCACACAAUAAAUAAGCGAAAAUAUAAAAUGUAAUUUAUUUACUA